CACACAGACCGUUCAGGUCAGGCUGUUAGUAUGACAGUAAUGGAUACGAGCUUCUGAGGGCUGCAGCUUUGAAGGGUUUCUGAAGACGUGACUUCCCUUUUUAAAAAGAUUACCAUUGAUAAAUUCCUAAACUUUACAAUUUGAAAUCUAGUUUUGUUUUUCGUUCAUAUUUGGUUUGUAGAAUACCAUGGGUGGGCUGGGGAACGGUCGGCGAGGAGGAAGAGCCCCCUCUCUGAUGGUUGCUGCCCUUAUUGCCUGUGUCUUGGUUUUGGGCUUUAACUACUGGGUGUCCAGUUCUCACACCCUUGAGCUCCAGACGAGGCUGAAUGAGCUGGAAGGCCAGUUGCGGCGUGGAGAGGCUGAGCGAGGAGUAGCGGAUAUGAAGAAGAAGAAGGAGUUUGAGGACCAGAUCCAGAAGCAGAUGCAGCAUAUUAAUCACAUUGAAAGCCUUCAUAAGAAAGAACUAGAUGAUGUCCAUAACACCUAUACCCAAGAGAAGGUUAAACUACAGGACAGUAUUUCCUCCAGUGCCAGAACCAUAGAAGAACUUAAAGGUCAGCUGAAUCGGCUGAACGACGACCUGGGGAAGCUUCAGAAAGAGCUGCAAAGUUGCCAAACCAACACAGCCAACCUCAGCAAUAAAUUCACUGCUGACAUGGCACACUGUCAGUCCCAGGUCCUUUCCCAAAAGAAGCUGUGUGACGAGAAAUUAGUUGCAGUUAAAUUAGAAGUUCAGAAGAAUAUGCAGAAAGCUUUUCUUCCUCCAGGUGAUCCAGUACAGGAAACCACAGAGAAUGGAGCAGUGAAAGAAGAGCCAACAGUGAAGGCUGUUCCCAGUGAGGCUGGAACAGCAGCUGUUGUGAGCAAUGAUACAAGCAUCCCUCAGGACAAACGAGAUAAAGCUCCUGAGUUGCUUAGCAACGAAAUCAACGUUGAUAAAGUCUCCUCAGAACAGCCUCCAACUGAUGACCUUCCUAAGGUCGAGUCCCAGACUGUUUUAUCCACCGAUUCAAAGACUCAGACCAAGCAGCAGAAAAAAGAGGCCAAAACGGAAGAAACUGAAGCUACAACUGGUAAAGGUUUGACAGACAAACUGGCAGCUGAUAAAGACAUGGAGGUGAUGGACGCUCACGAGGAAGGUGCCAAGGCUAAUGAAGCAGAUCCUGGAAUUGAGGAUAUGCUGAUUGGUCAAGGGAAAGCAGAUGAGGCAGCUAUUGGUGAGAACCAGGAGGAACAGGAUGAGUAUGACGACGAUGACGAGCAAGUAGUUGGUGGGGCUGAUCUGGAGAAAGAACGGAGAAAUAGAAACAUGGAGGAUGAAAUGGCGGACUACAAUGGAGACGAUGACAACGAAGGGGAGUUUGAAGCCGACAAACAAGCUGCACUUGCUCAGUUUUAAGACAAAUAUCUCCCGUACAGUGAACAGAAGGUGUCCACCACAGCCCAACACCUUCACAGAGCAAUGAAACAAACUCAGCGAAAACCAAACCAAGCUGCAGAGUUUUUAUGGUUUUCUUAAAGCCUACCAGUUUACCUUUUGUUUUCUCCUUUUGACCAAUUGUCAUGUGUCUUCUCAUUCUUCUUUUUUUUUUUCUUUUUCAAACAUCUCGUCAGUCGUCCUAGCGGAUGUUAAACAUGACUGAAGUCGUCUCAAGACUUGACGCCAUUUGAGCCACAUUGAGGUGAACUAAAAUGAGAAGAUUUUGCUUACAUGCUUAAAUAUAUAUUAUGGUCACUGGAUAGUAGGUGUUAAUUAUUAAUAUAUAUAUAUAAAAAAAAAAACUAAAAAAAAAACUAAGAUGAGCUUUAGGAUCCACAUGGUUCCUGUGAUACACAUCGCCCAGCAGAGGGCGCCGUAUUACAGCUCUAAAUAUAGCAUCCUUAACAAAGUUUCAAAGUUCUCUUGGAUGUUUUCUCCAGAAACACUUUUUUUUUUAAUUUACUUUAAGUCAGUAUUCCCUAAUCCCUAAAUCUGACCUUCCUGUAAGAGAAGGAAAUUAAGGUUCCCAUUUGUAGUUAUUAUGUUACUUUUUUUUGAUACAAAAGGGGUGUAUGACUUUGGUUUAUUUAACGGUUAUUUCUUAAAAACAAGUAAAUAUAUCUAGAAAAGCGGCUCCUAUACAGGAAUAUUCCAAUGUUUUGCUGCAAACAUUUUUAUUUCAAAACAUUUAUAUUGAGUAAGAAACUCCAUAUGAAUGUAGAAAUGUUCAACCAUUUCAUUUGGAACAAGCUUUUCAUUCUGAGCUGCAUUUAAUUCUGCAAAACACGUCAUGUUUUUUUUUCAUUUUGCAUACAUGCCAUUUUGCAGCUUUGUAAGUCAUCAGUAAGGUGGGAAAACUUGAAAAUAGGAGACGCUGGGAAUGCUCAUCUCGCUGCUCUAAACUAGUAGUUUUGUGUCAACGUCUGAAGCUGCCGACAGCGUGGAAGUUAAACGAACACGGUCUGCUGCAUCUGUGUUUACAGCCGGCAGGGACUUCUAAGCAUUGCUGUAAUAUAACUGUAAAAAUUUACACAAAGCAGGAACAUUGUGUUGUGCUUUGUGGCUCAUUGAAGCCAGUAGAAGUGAUCUGCAACUCUGUGGUGCGUUUGUGCAAUUCAGAGUGAAGCAACACUGAGUGGAAACUGGGGAAGUGCAAAUAUUAAUAACUAGUUCUAGGCACCAAGGUAACAGAAUGUCAUUUAUGUAUUGAAAGAAACUCGGUCACCUUGUAAUUUCAGCAGGACAACAUAUGUAUUUUCUUUUUUGUUAAGUGUCUCUGUGAUAUAGAUGUGUUGAGGUAGAUUUUAAUUUGCGUAAUGCUUUAUCAUCAGCUGUCUGUUCCAAGAGUGCAGUAAUCGUGUAGGUAGUUUUGUUCCUGGAAUGCUCUUUGCAUAUCUAGAUGACUCCCUCUGGAGGCUGUAACUGUUUUUUUUUUUUUUUGUAUUUAAGUUAAGAUGGUGUGCAGCUGGCGGAGCAAGUUAGAUCAUUAUUCAGUGAAUAAAAAAAAUGUAAAUAAAAUGUACACUUUUUCUAUUCAAACCUUUCUGCAUCAUUUUUAAACUGAUAAAAAUGUUAUGUUGAAGAUCUGCUGAUGGUUCAUUUGGUUUCUUUUUUUCAUAAUGCAAAGAAAGAAAAAGUCACUUUAACGGAAGAUGACUAGAAAGUAGAGGUGGUGACUGAUUCAAAGUGACAUACCGUCUGAAGAACAAUGAUUAAUAAUGUUUGUCUUAACAAUAAAGCCUUGAUGGCAACAUGCCAACAAAACUUCUUUAGCACCAGAUCGUUUGCUUCUCGUCUUUUUCUGUAUUUUUUUAUGUUGUUUAUGGAAAACAUAUUUACUUUCCUUUUAGUUGCUUUGACUUUUAAUAAUGUAACUUUAUUAUAGUUUUAUGACUUGAAUAAUCAUUUCCUUUAUUAAUAGUAGAGAACAUUUUUUUUUAAAUUCAUAUUACACUUUGUGAAUUUAUUUUAUUGCAUUUUUUUUCUGUAUUCCUGAGCAAAACAAUUUUCUCGUUCAAAAUUUGUAUAUUUUGUUUGAUUCACAUGGAAAUAAAAAAAUGAAAAACAA